AUGUCCGAUAGCGAGUCACUAUUUGAGAGUGAGCCCAAUGCGUUCGAUGGGGAGUCAUCGGAUGGUCUUUUUGAUUCAGAUAAUGAGGCUGUAGGCCCCGAUGCCGAGGACGGAGAAGAUACCGAUGUUGAGAUACUCGGUGAAGGCCCAAGCUCUGUUCCUAUACACGGCAUCGGGAAGGGGCUGAUGACUAAACAACCAGUGCCAAACCUCCACGUCUGGCCGUGGAGAAACAACUACCGACACACCUUCCCUAACAACCUUAGGGUGCUGAUAGGAGUACCGAAAGAGCACCUGUUCGGUGUAGAUUACCUAGAGCCCAACAAGAUUACCGAACGGGAGAUUUUCAAGUACCGCGCUGAGUACUGCAUCCCGAAUUCGGUGAAGAUAAGAAUCCUGGGUCCUACCGAGUCCCUCAGCAAACCGAAUGAUGGUGAAGUCGUCUUCUUUACCGACGUGCUUCUCCAAGGAGUUUGGUUGCCGCUGCAACCGGUGGUGCAGAGAAUAUUGGCGCAGAUCGGCUAUGCGCCGGGUCAAUACAACCCUAACUUCUGGGUGGCACUGAUGGGAGUGGUCGCCGCGUUCGGCAUUGCCAAGGAAGGAGAACCUUCCUAUGAACAGUUCACUUACCUCUACAGCGUUACUAAGUCUAAGAGUGCCGACCAUGGUGGCUGGGUUUAG